AUGCCAGUCGAUUUCCUCACAAAAGUCCUCUACGAAGGCACAGACGUGAUUCCCGCCUGGGAAGCGCUCAAAACUUACGGCCCUGUGGUGCUCACCCUCGCUGGCCUCAAGUACUACUUCCGUGGUGCCACCAACACCUGGGAGCGUGACUUGCACGGAAAGGUGUUCAUGAUCACAGGUGGAACGUCGGGAGUAGGAGCCACCGUGGCGUACGAGUUGGCCUCCAAGGGAGCUCAAGUGAUCCUUUUGGUGCGAUCCACGGAGGACGCCUGGACGGUGGACUUCGUGGAAGACAUGCGGGAAAAGACCGACAACUUCAUGAUCUACGCUGAGCAGUGUGACUUGGCGUCGCUCUGGUCCAUCCGUCAGUUUGCCACCAAGUGGUUGGACAACCAGCCGCCAAGGCGUUUGGACGGAGUCAUCUGUUGUGCCGCGGACCUCACUCCGCGUGGCAAGCCCAGACAGGUGACGCAGGACGGCAUCGAAACCCAGCUCGGCACCAACUACUUCGGCCACUUCCAUCUCCUCACAUUGUUGAGUCCCUCGCUCCGUGUUCAGCCACCCGACCGUGACGUCAGGGUGGUGUUGGCGUCUUGCUCGUCCCACUUGCUUGGAGACGUGAAUUUGGCCGACUUGGCCUGGGAAAAGGACUACCCCAUCAAUCAGCCCUGGAAGGUCUACGGAACCUCCAAGUUGCUCUUGGGAUUGUUUGCCAAGGAGUUCCAAAAACAGUUGGUCAACUACGAGCGUAAGGAUAAGGCUCCCUGCAAUGUGCGCAUAAACUUGGUCAACCCAGGACUCAUGAGAACACCUUCAACCAGACGGUUCUUUUCCAUGGGUUCUAUCUUGGGAUUGAUCUUGUACGUGCUAUUGUGGCCCGUUUGGUUUAUCUUCUUGAAGAGCACUUCGGGAGGCUCUCAGCCACUCUUGUUCGCAGUGAUGGCACCGGUAUUGGCCAAAAUGGAUGGAGGCAAGAUGAUCCAGGAGUGCAAAAUUGCAACCAAGUUGAGGAAAGAGUAUGACGAUGAGGAGUUGCAGCAAAAAGUCUUUGAAGAGACUGAAAGGCUCAUCGAAAAGUGGGAAAAACAAUCAGCCAUCGAGCGCAACAAGAACAAGAAAACUAAGACUGCCAAGAAGAAGCCCACCAACAUCUACGAAAAGCCCAACACCAUUGAGGAGUUGGAUGAGAAAAUGGAGAGUUUACGCAGCCAGGUAGGAAUUCCUGUUUCCGCUAAGGGCGAGAUGCCAUUGUUUCCUGACCCCAAUGCAGACAUGACCACCAGAUCGAGAAAAAAGGCGAACCGGAAGGCAUAA